AUGACAUUGCUGCGUGACAUGGCCGUGGUCAAGUCCCUGCUGCUGUUGACAUUGGGGCUGACCCUCCUGGGGGAGGUGGCAGCUCGGAAAACCCCCAAAGCUGGGGACCCUGCCCUCUGUCCCGCUCCGGAGGACCACACUGUGAGGGUUGAUAUCCGCAUCCUCAGGCAGACCCAGGGCGCUCUCCUCUCACACGACUUCCAGAACCGCUCCAGCUCCCCCUGGGAUUACAACAUCACCCGGGACCCGCACCGGUUCCCCUCCGAGAUUGCAGAGGCCCGGUGCAGGCACACGGGCUGCAUCGACGCCGAGGGGAAGGAAGACAGCUCCAUGAACUCCGUCCCCAUCCAGCAAGAGUUCCUGGUCCUCCGGAGGGAGUCCCAGGGUUGCUCUCGCUCCUUCCGGCUGGAGAAGGUGCGGGUGACUGUUGGUUGCACCUGUGUCACCCCCAUCGUCCGCUACGUGCGUGGCUUGAGGGCGGCGGAUCAGCUCAGCUGAAGAAGCUGUAGAAACGCCCCUCUUUACCCAGCACUUUGCCAUGAGUCCUGUGUGGUUCCCAAUUCUCUCCACUUCCCAGGUCUCUUCAUAAGAUCUGCAUGGGACUCUCAAAGCUCUGUAUUAGAUAGAGUAACUUUCUGGGGCUUCAGAAUCUUUAUACAGUCCUGAGAUGUUCCAGUGUCCCACCCCCCUGAAAAUAGAUGGAGGAGAAUGCAGGACCCUCACCUACUCUGCUUAUGUGCUAUCAUGACCGCCUCCCAGCCAUGCAGUCAUUGGGUGGGUCCCCCUUGGUAAAAUGGGCUUCUGCUCCACAAAAGGCAACAAAUAAAAUAACCACAAUGUAAGAGUGUGUGGGAGGGUCUGUGCAGGAUGGGGUGGGCGGGAAGGAUGGGGAUAAGGAUCCAGCACCUGUUUAUUAAGCAUUUGCUAAAUAUAGAUGAGGUUGGCCUGAUAUUUAUACCUAUAGGGAAACUGUCCAUGUAUUUAUGAUGUAUUGAUUAUAUAAAAUUGUAGGAGAAAAAUUAAU